CUUCCCUCCGGGCCCGGAUUCCUCCAACCGCGCAACUGGGGCGGCAGCGGCAGCGGCAGCUUCAGCAGCACGAGCGAGCGAGCGAGCGCCGGCCCGACUCUCCUCCGGCCAUCGCGGGAGCGCGCUCCGACGCCAGCGCCCGCGCAGCUCUGCUCCCCGCCUCCGCCGAUUCCGGGCGGCGAUGGAGGUGGCGCUGCAGGCGUGUGAUGCCGCGGACUGGGUGUACAAGGGAGAGGGCGCGGCCAAUCUCAUCCUCAGCUACACCGGCUCCUCGCCCUCCAUGCUUGGCAAGGUACUGCGGGCCAAGAAGGUCCUAAAUGACAAGGCACAACCAGCACCAAACUGUGUAAACUUCUCAAGCUACGAGCAGCUCGUGUGGGGUGACAUCCCAGAAUUGAUCGAGUCUGUCAAGCAAGGUUCUGUGGCACAAGCUUAUGCAGUACAUGUCAUGAGCCAACAUCUGGGGCACGAUCAUGUUGAUGGCGGGGUUCGUGUCUCUGUGUCUAAGGAUUUUCUGGAGAUUGUUGGAAAGAAUGUGCUCAGUGCCCGUCCUGCUUGGCGAGUGAAUGCAAGCGCAAUUGAUACCAAAGCUGAUUCUGCCCUUCUAAUUUCUGAUCACUCCUUAUUUUCUGGAAAGCCUAGAGGUAGCAGCUGUAUCGCAGUGGAGAUAAAGGCCAAAUGUGGGUUUCUUCCAUCGUCAGAAUAUAUAUCAAAGGAAAAUGUUAUUAAGAAACAAGUAACACGGUACAAGAUGCAUCAACACCUCAAAUUUCAUCAGGGGCAGAUAUCGAAGACAAGUGAAUACGAUCCUCUUGAUCUAUUCUCUGGGUCAAAAGAAAGAAUACGCACGGCCAUCAAGUCAUUUUUCUCGACUCCUCAGAACAACUUCAGGAUUUUUGUGAAUGGCUCCUUAGGUUUUGGUGGCAUGGGAGGUGGUGCUGAUAAGGUCCUUGCUAAUGAAACAGAGAAGUGUCUUGAAGAUCUGAGGAAGGUUAGUGGGCUACAACUAUCUGACUUUAUUGAGCUCCUGUCAGAGGCAAUAUCUAAAUCUGGAGUAUUGGAUAAACUUUUGGCCACUCAAAAACUGGAUGAUCAUGACAUCGAAGGGGCGAUUCAUCUGUAUUACGACAUCAUCUCUCAGCCUUGUUUGGUCUGCAAAAAUAUAACUGAUGCUGAGCUAUUGCACAAGUACUCUGUGUUGCAUUCUCUUCCUUUGGACAAGAGCUGUAAGAUAGUCAGGGACUUUCUUAUUUCUGCUACCGCGAAGGACUGUAGCCUCAUGAUGUGCUUUCGGCCACGAGAGUGUGAGAGAACAGAUCCUGAGUAUGAUUCAGUGUUUCUUCAGUCAGUGAACCGAACCUAUGAUUACAAGGCAUACUUUGUUGAUCUGGAUGUGAAGCCUCUGGAUAAGAUGACACAUUAUUUUAAAUUGGACCAGAAGAUCGUCAAUUUCUACACUAAGAGCGGGGAAGUCGAUUCUCAGAAGGGGGUUGGCACCAGUGAUGACACAGCGGUUCAGCCACAACAUUGAGUAGCUCCUUCAACUUGAAGCCUCUGGACCGGAAAGGGCACAUGUGCCAUUGGUCCUGUUGUUUCGUCUUGCGCCUGUUGUUGUAACCUUGUAAGUACAGCUCCAUUGUCGAGGAGCUCUUCCCUUUCAUCGGGAAAAAAAGAUGCUGCCGAGCGGUCACUGCUGUUUGUUGUUGCUGUUACUGUAGCUUACGAGUGGUACAUCAUGUAUACCUACCGGGUGGCUCGUCGCGGCAGAAAAAACACAUCAGGAAUUCGAUACACAGACACCAAGAUGCAUGAACAGACUUUUUUACAGUGGCAACCACAUGUUGCAGUAUGUGCAGCAGAGAUGGGAGCCCAGGUUUGCCUUGCAGGCUAGGGUGUAGCCAUUUCACCGGUUCCCUCUCUCACCUGGUAACUGGCGCAUGUACUACUGUACAUCUUUUCAGUUUGCGGUUGCUUCUCUGCUCUCAGUUGCUUAUUGUUUCCGGACAACAUUGUCAUCUCUCGAUAUAUAUUGUGUAGCUAGAUUUUCCAUGUAGCACCUGAAUUCUAGAACGAACUGAGCAACCAGACCAGACAAUAUGUGAAUUAGACCCAAUGACCAUA